CCGCGAGCGAUAAAUGAUUCUCCCCAGAACUCUCCUUUGUGCUGUUCUGCUGCUGCUGCUGCUUGUAUCGGUGCUGAGCAAGGGCAAGGCAAAGUGCAGCAUUGUGGAAAUCCUGCGGCAAUACCAAGCCGUGAUCUUUGAUGAGCUCCAGAACCUGAAAAACUUGACUCAAUCUGCUGAAACACCAAGGAGGGAGAGAGCUGGCCCAGCCUGCCUCUCUAACAAGGAGCAGAAAAUCCUGCUGUCUAUCUCCACCAUGAGCAUGUCUCUCAGGGACAUGGUCAGAGGCCCCUGGAGGAAUCCUGAAGUAGUGGCUGUGAUGCAGGUGGUCAGCAACACAGAAUCUGUGACCAAACAGAACUGCAAGAAAAUCCACAAGAAGAGUCUGUCAACAGUUACAGAGAAACCGCAACACAGAAGCCAGGGCAACAGGAGAAAGCAGCUGAAGAUGAUAGCGCGAACAGUGGAAAACUUGGUCACCUGCUGGGAGAAGCUGUUCUCUCUCCACUCAAAGGACUGGGACACAUAGGGUCAGUAGGAAGCAGUGCAUGGUGCUCUCCCCAUGGAUGCUGAGCACCUGGGAUUGUACCACGACCUCCGUACUAGCCAGUAAGCAACACCGAUUUCAUGGAAACUCCUUCCUUCUGAUUUCUUGGUUCUACUGUUGGGUGAAGCAGGCAUUCCAUUGCAUCCCAUUCUUCUCUGUGGGGAUCGGAGAGGGACACAUCUUCUGUUCAUGGCCUGCUCUGCUACUGUUCCAGGUAGCAAAUACUGAGGGUCAGAUUCAGCCCUGAAAUGAACUGAGUGGCAUCAACAGAAUUUGCUCCUUCAUUCUGAAUUAAAACUUUCUUGGACGUUUCCACAGUGGGGGCCUUGGCUCCAGCGAGUCUGUGUGUUAGGAAUUUGGAAGGACAGGGCAGUAAGCAGGCAGUGAAAGAAGAGGGCAAUAGAGUAAGAGGAGGCUCCCGAAUUAUGAAAAUGCUUCUUGUCUGCUAGGAAACCUCUUGCACUGUGUAACACUGACAAACUUGUCGUCGGUGGGGGGGAUUGAACCUGGGACUUCUGGUGCUUACUGCAUGAGCCUCUACCGCAUGAGCUAA